CUUUUCUCUUAAUUUUUUUUUUUUUUUGACAUGGAAGCCAUUGCAAGCUCUAAGAGAGAUCGUACAGCAGAGAUUGACCGAUGUCUCUCCAUGAUUGUACCUUCGGCUUCUGACGAGUCUAAAUUUGUUGGAAUGCUUAUUUUACCUAAAUUACUCGAACAAGACAAUAUUGAAAAUAUCGAACGUGUCUUUAAAGGAAUGAACUUUAAAUUCAUUGAACGAUUACUUCGAACCAAUCAUGAAAUUGAUGCCGAAGUUCCUGAUCCAGUUUUGAAAGAGAUUGCUGUCAACAUUUUAGCCUGUUUUGCCCAUUACGAAAGUUUGGCUUCCGAACCCGACAUGGUUGAUCGUAUUCCUGGCCUUUCGCGCUUACUUGACGCCAAAAGUGAGCUGAAUACAGAAGUCCUGAACAUUUUAUUAUGCGUCGCACAAAAGAAGGAGGGCCUUGUAAAGAUGCUCGAUCCUGAUGUCCUCAAGAAUAUCUUCUCAGUGCUUUUAGAAACAACAGACAAGGAUGAUCGGGUCUUAUGCACACAAUUAAUCACUACUGUUUAUGCAAGAGCAUGCCACUUAUUACAUGAGCAUAAAAUUCCAAGUCUAUCUUCUGCUUUGAAAUAUUCUUUAUCCACUUUGAUUUCCAUUCUUUCAAACACUUUGAAUCAUGAUCAGAAAAUGUUAAAGUUUGAGGCAUUGACUAUUUUGGCUAGUGUCUUACCUGACGUUCCAACAGAUAUUAUGAAACAAGUCAAGGUCGAAUCAGAGAAAAAAAUUGAUCAAUGGUUAGAUAAUUUAUUAGGUGGCCUUAGACAGAUCUUGAGCAGUAAAUUACAUAAUGCGAUAUUGUUGAUUUCAUGUUUAUUACGUUACUUUGGUAACGACUGGUUAUUCAAAUCCCUCCAAGAUACCAAAAAGGCCAAAAGAAAGAAGGAGAAGGCAUCAAGUGAUAAUGUCAGCCAUCCUGUUAAUCAAUCAUAUGCCAUAGCUAAUUUUCCAGCGCUAUUAAUUCAUUUAGUCUCGAUUGAGGCCAAGAUUAUGAUUGACGAUAUUAACGACCGAGUGAUCCGAGAGCACAACGCAGAACAAAAGAGCGAGAAUCAUAAACAAAAACGACAAGAAAUCAUGGUACCCGUUUAUUUUGAAAUACUUGAAGCAGCCAUGGAAUAUUUAGCUACUAAUUAUACUGAGGACAAGGAAUCCGGCAUGGAUCCUGAAAUGCUGUUGAAGAUACGUACCACCUUAUCUGAUAUGAUGGAUGUAGUUAUGGAAUUAUUAAAAUUUAUGCAAGGAACAACUGAUAAACCUGAGGAUUUAGAUCACGAUAUGAUUGCUCAAGCAUAUAUCACACUUGUGGAAGAAUCUAAAGGAAAAGGAAAGGAGGAAAAACCUCGUUUUGAAGUUAAAAAGUGGAAUGCCGUCGCUCUUUGGGCUUGGGAUAUUGUUGUUGACAACUGCGCUAUUUGCAGAAACCACAUUAUGGAUUUAUGUAUCGAAUGUCAAGCCAAUCAAGCCUCAGCCACUUCUGAAGAAUGCACAGUUGCUUGGGGUAUCUGUAACCACGCUUUUCACUUCCAUUGUAUCUCUCGUUGGUUAAAGAGUCGUCAAGUCUGUCCUCUUGAUAAUCGUGAAUGGGAAUGGCAAAAGUACGGUCGAUAAAUUAUACCAACACUGUAAUAAAUUUUUAUUUAAACAUACGUAAAU